CCCUUUGAUUGCUCACACUUUUGUAGCAAAUUGUAAACAAAACUUGUACCUUAAACGGCGUUAACUAUUUGCUAAGAAGAUGGAAGCUGCUUCAUCGCCGGACGAGGAAGAUGUAUUCCACUUUGAGACCGAGCACCUGGCCCUUCGUGGCAACGAGUGCUAUGCCAACCUGUUGCGCACCAUGGCCGUGCUGCAGGCCCAAAGGAUCCGUGUCCAUCAGCAAAUCGACGAACUGGAGGCCACCAAGAAAGUCUACAUGGAUAAUCCGCAACUGAUGCUGGACAAGCUACAAAACAACGAGCCCUUGAUAGCGGAUAACUAUAUAACCACCGCUGUGCUGCCCGAGUUGCCCACAUUGAUCGGCAAUGAUGAAGGAAGUGCCCUCAAUGAGACGCCGGCGGACGCUCCUUCGUGGACACAUCCACCGGACGAGAUGAAGGAUAGGAGCAACGGCCGGUCGGAGAACUUCAAUCGCCUGUGGACCAACGAGGAGCAGCGCCGCUUGGAGAAGCUGCUCAUCCAGUAUCCGCCGGAGGAAGUGGAAAUGCGACGAUUCGGCAAGAUAGCCAAGGCCUUGGGCAACCGAACGGCCCAGCAGGUCUUUAGUCGCGUCCAGAAGUACUUCCAAAAGCUGCACGAUGCCGGCAUGCCAGUACCAGGUCGAAUUCCCAAGCAUCGACGUCCAGGAUUAAGUAAACCGAAGGUGCACUUACGCAAGUCAACAUUCUUUCCUGCCCAGAAUAUAUCGCUGCAAAUGCCGGAGGAUGAUUGCACAUUGGAUGACCUGCGGGUCCAAUCGCCGGCCAACGAGAUGCUCCUCAUGCCGGCAUCGUCGCAGGUCAAAAUCGAGUACGUGGACGCCGAUCUGGAUGCGGAGGCCAAGCGGAAGCAGGAACUGCGCUUGAAACUUCUAACUGCCAUUCAGGAAGAGAAACAACAGGGCGAGAAUGGCUAUGAGCCCGACCUGCUGGCUCCCAAGUGCGCCGAAUGCGAGGAGGCGUCUGUGACCAGGACGCAAUGGCGUUGCAACAGCUGCUAUUGUCACCUAAAUCUGUGCGGAGAUUGCCUCGCUAGUCAGCUGAUAGAAGAGCGCUUCGAGCAUCUGAGCCAUGAAGUUGUAGUGGACCAAGAGUCAUAA